AUGGCCCAGCUUGCAGGCGUACCCGAGCCGCGCGCUCCACGCAACCCAGACUCUCCCCCUCCACUCGCCGUGACCCGCUCCUUCCGACCAUUCUACGCGCCUAUCGAAGUCGAGCAUCUUGUACAUUUGCAGGCGCAGUCAAGGGCGUCAACCUUGGGUGGAGCCGAGGGUCCUGCCGGCGAGGCGAGCGGCGGGCUGGCGAGGAAGACUAUGAGCGACCAGCGGAUAGAGUCUCUUCGGCAGCUUGCGUGCGGGUUCAUCGAGCGGGUGGCAGGCAGGCUUGGCUUCCCUCGACGAACAACGGCCACGGCUCAGAAGCUGUAUCACCGCUUCCACCUUCACUUCCCUCUCAGUGACUUUGCGUACCAGGACGUCUCCCUCUCGGCUCUGCUCGUCGCGGCGAAGCUCGAGGACACGCUCAAGAAACUGCGAGACAUUCAGAUUGCUGCGUGGCAGGUCCAGAACAUGAUGGACGGCGGAAGCGGAGUAGGUGAGGGCGACCCUAACACGCAGGAAGCGCAUCGACCACACCUGAUCGGCAUCGAACGCCUCAUCCUCCAGACCAUUUGUUUUAACUUCAACCUGAACCGCCCGCUCGACUCGUCUCCUUCCUCGCCCACACUACCCUCCGAUACCGACUCGCUCCUCGCGCUCGCCACCUUGUCUCCCUCAACAUCUGCCGCCACUUCCCGCGAUGCCUUCACACACCUCUUCCGCCUCUCGUCCGCCCUUCCUUCCGUUCCUCCCGCCCUCGUCCGCUCAUCGUCAGCCUCGACCGUUGACGAGAUGCACAAGUCUCUCAUCUACGCCGCCUUCCUCCUCCUCACCGACCUCCACCGCACCCUCGCACCGCUCUCGUAUCCGCCUCAUACGUGUGCAGCGGCGUGCAUUUGGACUGCUGGGUUCAUUUUGGCGAUUCCGGCUGCGCGGCAGGAGGCGGAGAACGGUUCGAAGAACGAAAUCGGCGAGAAGGACGAGGUCGUCUGGGACGAAGACGUGCUGCAAGGCUGGGCGUCGAGUUGCGAGACCCUCGAGGACGACAUUGACGAUAUCGCACAGACGCUCCUCAACCUCCUCAUCUCGCUCUGCCCACCUUCACCGACAGCAGCCUCUGCCACCGCCAACGGCCUCUCCGUACCACUCAACACCUCACCGCUCUUCUCGCCCGUCUCUCCCGCCGAACCCUCGCAAACCAGCUCUUCCGCCGGCGGCUCCAUACCCGUUGCUACGAGCGAACGAGACCGUCACCUCCUCCAGACGGGCGUACCGAACGUUUUCUCACAUCCGGACCUACUAGGCCAGCCUAUCUCGGCGAACGACUUGAUGGGCAUCAAGAUCCAGCUCCGCAGAGCUCGUGCGGCUGCGGCUGCGUUGGCGAACGGCAAGCGCGAUCGGGAAGAAGCCAUUUCAGCGGUGGAGCAGGGCGACGAUGUCACGCUGCAUCGCUCGAAACGGUGGCAGGGCUUGUCGGACGGGCUUGCGGAGGUGGGCAGGAUCCGCGACGAGCGGGACCAGAAGGAUCGUCUGCGGGUUGAGGAGAAGGCUGAGAAAGAGCGGGAGAAGAGCGAGAAUGACGCGAACGCUGUAGGUGGUACGGCGGGUGGACGGAGAGGGAAGACGGAGGAGGAGAGGGAGAGGGAGCGGCGGGAACGGAGGGAACGGGGGAAGCCGGGCAGUGUGCGGUACCGUUUUUGA